AUGGUAGGCUCCAAUAGACCAGACAAUGACGGCCUCUCCGUAAGAUCGAAGAGCUCGAGUUUCGAUCUUCAAGACUUGAAAAAGCUCUCAGCCAUCGACACACUACACAAUGACGAGGCACUCAAAGUUCUCGCCAACUACAGCGGCGAUGACAUAUGGACAGAAGAAGAAGAGAAAAAGCUUCUCUCCAAAAUCGACUGGCGACUGAUGCCCAUCUUGUGCGUGACAUACGGCUUGCAAUAUUACGACAAGGCAAUGUUCUCACAAGCUGCCCUGUUUGGCAUGCGGGCAGAUCUAGACCUCGAUAUCGGAAACCGAUAUUCAUUUUCUGCGGCAAUAUUGUACCUCGGGUUCAUGGCAGGAGCAUAUCCGGCCAUGACCCUAGCACAGAGAUUCCCGGUUGAACGUGUCGCAUCGGUUAUAAUCGCGCUUUGGGGGAUCUGUCUCAUAUUCACACCGAUGUGCUCCAAUUAUAAAGCGCUCUAUACACAACGGUUUUUUCUGGGCAUGUUGGAGAGCGGUAUUAGUCCUAUGUUUAUGCUUCUCGUUGGUGGUUGGUACAAGAAGAAUGAACAAGCCAUGCGAAUGGGAAUAUGGUACUGCUGCACUGGCUACGUAUCCGUCUUCUCACCGUUAAUCAACUACGGACUGGGCCAUAUAACAGGCACACUCUCCCCGUGGAAAUACAUGUACUUUGUAGCUGGCGCAGUGACCAUAAUAUGGGGACUAGUACUAGUCUUCCUUCUCCCACCAGACCCAGUCCGAGCACGCGGGUUCAACGAGCGACAACGCUACAUUGCCGUAGCUAGACUACGAUCGAACAACUCCGGUGUGCGAAACACACACUACAAAGGCGGCCAAGUCACCGAGCUACUGGCUGACAUACGCUUCUGGCUAAUCUUCAUCGUUGCGUUCCUAAGCAUGAUAGCCAAUGGGCCUGUGUCGACGUUCACGCCUAUCAUUAUCAACUCGUUUGGGUUUGACACGCUCAACUCGCUACUGCUGGUUAUGCCGCAGGGGUUCCUGGCUGGUAGUUACCAGCUUCUUGGGCCGUACUUAGCAUAUCGGUUUGAUGGGAGUGGGGUGAGGGCUUGGGUUGUUUUUGGUGCUCAGAUGAUUACUACGCUUGCGGCUUUGUUGCUGAUUGUUCUGCCGCUUGAUGCUACCGGUGGUAUGCUCUUUGCGUGCUAUCUUCUGCCUGCUGUUGGGGGUGGAUAUGCCGUUCUUAUGGGAUUGCAGAUUGCCAAUAUUGCUGGGUAUACGAAACGGUCUAUCGCUUCAUCGGGGCUUUAUAUUGGUUAUUGCCUGGGAAAUUUCACCGGUCCGCUGAUGUUCAAGGAAAUCGAUGCUCCUCGCUAUGUGCCGGGAUUCAUUGUUGUUGUGGUGACCUCCUUCGUUGCCGGUGUCACUGUGCUUAUCUAUCGGUUUGUGUGCGUUCGGGAAAAUCGCAAGCGAGAUCAGUCUGGGACUGCCGAGGGAUAUGCAAAUGCGUACCAGGACGAUUUGACUGAUAAAACGAAUCCUCAAUUCCGGUAUAUUUUGUAG